CAUGGAUAGCAUAAUUGGACGCAGCCAGUUCGUCUCGGAGACGGCCAAUCUCUUCACAGACGAGAAGACGGCCACGGCGAGGGCUAAGGUGGUCGAGUGGUGCAAUGAACUGGCCGUCGCAUCGGCGUCGGCCAAAUGCGAACUGCUGGUCAAGGUGCAGGAGAUUGUCCUUGGAUCCUGCGUGGAGCUGGCCGAGGAGUUCCUAGAGCCGGUGCUAUCUCUGGCCCACGACCCGAACAUGGAGGUGCGCAGGCAGGUGGUCGCCUUCGUGGAGCAAGUGUGCAAAGUGAAGGUUGAGCUACUGCCCCAUGUCAUCAACAUCGUGUCCAUGCUGCUGAGGGACAACUCGGCCCAGGUGAUCAAGCGAGUGAUUCAGGCCUGCGGAAGCAUCUACAAAAAUGGACUGCAGCACUUGUGCAACCUCAUGGAGCCGGGUGACAGCGCAGAGCAGGCGUGGAACAUCCUUAGUCUAAUUAAGGCCCAGAUACUGGACAUGAUAGACAACGAAAACGACGGCAUACGCACAAAUGCCAUCAAGUUUCUUGAGGGCGUCGUUGUGCUGCAGAGCUUUGCGGACGAGGACAGCCUCAAAAGGGAUGGAGACUUCUCGCUGGGCGAUGUCCCCGAUCACUGCAAACUCUUCCGCCGCCAAAAGUUGCAGGAGGAGGGCCACAACAUAUUCGACAUACUGCUCCAGUUCCAUGGCACCACACAUAUUUCCUCGGUAAACCUGAUUGCCUGUACAAGCAGCCUCUGCACGGUCGCCAAAAUGCGGCCUGUGUUUAUGGGCGCCGUGGUGGAUGCCUUCAAGCAGUUGAAUGCCAACCUGCCGCCCACCCUCACCGACUCUCAGGUGAGCUCGGUGCGCAAGAGUCUCAAGAUGCAGCUGCAGACAUUGCUGAAGAACCGCGGGGCCUUCGAGUUCUCCGGAAGCAUCCGAGGCAUGUUGGUGGACCUGGGCUCUUCGACAAAUGAGAUCCAGAAGCUAAUACCCAAGAUGGACAAACAGGAGAUGGCUCGGCGGCAAAAGCGCAUCCUCGAAAAUGCCGCCCAAAGUCUCGCGAAGAGAGCUCGUUUGGCCAGCGAACAGCAGGAGCAGCAGCGGCGGGAGAUGGAACUGGACACCGAGGAGCUGGAGCGGCAGAAGCAAAAGUCUACUCGAGUGAACGAAAAGUUUCUGGCCGAGCAUCUCCGCAAUCCCGAAACGGUGGUCGGUUUGGUGGUGGAGUUCCUACCAAGCCUGCCCACCGAGGUGCCGCAGAAGUUUCUCGAGGAGUACACGCCCAUUCGCGAAAUGUCCAUCCAACAGCAAGUGAGUAAUAUCUCCAGAAUGUUCGGAGAGCAGCUUUCGGAGAAGCGCCUCGGGCCAGGAGCCGCAACCUUCAGUAGGGAGCCUCCAAUGAGGGUCAAGAAAGUGCAAGCCAAUGAGUCAGCAUCGACUCCUAUGGAUGUGGACGAUGAAGCAGUCCAAAAACUGAGUGAAGAAGAGUUGCAACGCAAGGAGGAGGCCACUAAGAAGCUGCGCGAGACCAUGGAGCGAGCCAAGGGCGAGCAGACUGUGAUUGAAAAGAUGAAGGAGCGCGCCAAGACGCUGAAACUGCAGGAGAUCACCAAGCCCCUGCCACGCAAUCUCAAAGAAAAGUUCCUGACAGAAGCAGUGCGUCGCAUUCUCAACUCGGAGCGGCAGUGUAUCAAGGGAGGUGUGUCGUCUAGGCGCCGGAAGCUGGUCACCGUGAUUGCGGCCACCUUUCCGGACAACGUGCGUUACGGCAUUAUGGAGUUCAUCCUGGAGGAUGUGAAGCAACGCAUUGACUUGGCUUUCUCGUGGCUCUUUGAGGAGUACUCCUUGUUGCAAGGAUUCACAAGGCACACCUACGUGAAGACCGAGAAUCGACCCGAUCACGCUUACAACGAGUUACUGAACAAGCUCAUCGUUGGCAUCGGCGAGCGUUGCGAACACAAGGAAAAGAUUAUACUGAUCCGUCGCGUCUAUCUGGAGGCCCCAAUUCUUCCGGAGGUUUCAAUAGGCCAUUUGGUUCAGCUUAGCCUGGACGACGAGUUUUCCCAGCACGGCUUGGAACUGAUCAAGGAUCUUGCAGUUCUCAGACCGCCACGAAAGAAUCGGUUUGUGCGAGCGCUGCUUAACUUUUCCGUGCACGAGCGAGCUGACCUGCGGGACAGGGCACUGGCCCAUCUUGUCAGUCUGUACCAUGUGCACAAAAUCCUUCCAGCGCGCAUAGACGAAUUCGCAUUGGAGUGGCUCAAAUUCGUGGAGCAAGAGUCUCCACCGGCCGCUGUUUUCUCGCAGGACUUUGGUCGACCAACAGCGGAGUCCGCCUGGAGGGAGGAUACGGCAAAGGUGUGUCUUGGUUUGGCCUUUACCCUGCUGCCCUACAAGCCGGAAGUUUAUGUGGAGCAAAUUUGCCAAGUGUUCGUGUCUACCUCCGCCGAACUGAAGCGCACAAUCCUGCGUAGCCUGGAUAAUCCCAUCAAGAAGCUGGGUGUGGAAAACCCCACAAUUCUGCAACUGAUCGAGGACUGCCCAAAGGGCAUGGAGACCUUGGUGAUCCGCAUCAUCUACAUACUGACAGAGCGGGUGCCAUCCCCACAUGAGGACCUGGUACGGCGGGUUAGGGAUCUCUACCAGAACAAGGUCAAAGAUGUGCGAGUGAUGAUACCCGUACUGAGCGGUCUGUCCCGCUCCGAGCUCAUCGCCGUUCUGCCUAAGCUGAUAAAACUUAACCCCGCUGUGGUGAAGGAGGUUUUCAAUCGUUUGCUUGGCAUUGGCGCCGAGUUCGCUCAUCAGACAAUGGCCCUGUCUCCUACGGACAUUCUGGUGGCCUUGCACACCAUUGACCCGAAUGUCUGUGACCUUAAGGCCAUUGUCAAGGCAACAUCGCUGUGCCUGGCCGAAAGGGAUUUGUACACCCAGGAGGUGCUCAUGGCAGUGCUGCAGCAGCUGGUGGAGGUAAUCCCACUCCCCACUCUGAUGAUGCGCACAACCAUCCAGAGUCUGACUCUGUAUCCGCGCCUAGCGAACUUUGUAAUGAACCUGCUGCAGCGCCUGAUCAUGAAGCAGGUCUGGCGGCAAAAGGUGAUUUGGGAGGGUUUUCUGAAGACCGUGCAGCGCCUGAAGCCGCAGUCCAUGCCGAUCCUGCUGCACCUUCCACCCGCCCAACUGGUGGACGCACUGCAGCAGUGCCCUGACUUGAGGCCAGCUUUGUCGGAAUACGCGGAGAGCAUGCAGGACGAGCCCAUGAACGGCAGCGGCAUCACCCAGCAGGUCCUGGACAUUAUCUCCGGCAAGUCGGUGGAUGUGUUCGUCACGGACGAAAGUGGCGGCUACAUCAGCGCCGAGCACAUCAAAAAGGAGGUGCAGGAUCCAUCGGAAAUCGGCGUUAUAUCCACAGUGCCCGUGCUGACGUCUCUAGUGCCACUGCCUGUUCCCCCGCCCAGCGCCAGUGAUCUAAACCAACCUCUGCCGCCUGGAGAGGACUAGCUGCAUUGUUUUGUUUGUCCAUAAUCAUCUCCAAUUUACUCAAUAAGACAAAGCUUAUAUU